CGAAGAGCGUGCUAGACUAGAGUAGUAAUUUUCUCUCUGCAUUGACUGUCGUGCUGGUCUUCCACUGAGUGCUUGUCGUCUCCACUGAGUACUCCCUUCCUCUCCUCAUUCUCAUCUCAGUCCUCUCCUCCAUUGCGCUCCCUGGAAUAAGAUCCAUCCGCCCUUGUUGCUGAUCUCCUCCUUCGUCCUCGCCCCUGCCAACUGAGUUCCACAGUCCGUGGACAUUUUGGAGGGUGGGAUCGUGGGGCUCUGUAUCUAUCUAGUACGGAGAUUCCAAGCAAUUUACUCUCUUGACUGCUGGUGGUCUUCCUCUGCUCCUCGUCUCCGCUUCAUCUCGGUCUCCUCCAUUGCGCUGCCUCAUCCAACCUCCGUGGACAUUUCGGAUCGAGUGAAGCGACAUCCGCCGCCGUGUUGCCUCUGGCGCGCCGGCACUGCUUCCGCUUCGUUGCCGCUGUGUUCUGCUCUGCUGAUGAAGCAUCAAAAGUGACCAUCCGACGAUGACGCCGCCGCUGUGUUCUGCUCUGCCGUGAAGCAUCAAAGUGAUCUCGCAGUUUGGAUUGGCAACUCAGUUCUAGAGGAGCUCGUUGAAAUUAAAGCGCCGCCGCUUCCGCUUCGUUGUCACCAUCCGCUGCUGUGUUCUGCUCUACUCUGAAACACCAAAGGUUUCCAGCUGAUUGGUCCAGAGAGCUCUCAUGGAUAUUGUCACGGGUGCCAUUGCCAAGCUGAUCCCCAAGCUGGCCGACCUACUUGUGGGGGAGUACAAGCUGCACAAGAACGUCAAGAAAAAUAUCGAGGACCUCCUGAAGGAGCUUGAGAGCAUGAACGUUGCCCUCGUCAAGAUUGGUGAGGUGCCGCGGGACGAGCUCGACAAACAAGACAAGCUCUGGGCCGAUGAUGUCAGAGAGCUCUCCUACGUCAUCGAGGAUGUCGUUGACAAGUUCCUCGUACGAGUCGACCACAUUCAGCCUGACGACGCCACAAACAAAUUCAAGGGGCUCAUGAAGAGGACGACCAAGUUGCUGAAGAAAGUCAAGGAUAAGUAUGGGAUAGCUCACGCAAUCAAGGACAUCCAGGAGCAACUCCAGAAGGUGGCCGCUAGGCGUGACAGGAACAAGGUAGUUGUUCCUAAUCCUACGGAACCAAUUACUAUUGAUCCUUGUCUUCGAGCUUUGUACGCAGAAGCGACAGAGCUAGUUGGCAUAUAUGGGAAGAGGGAUGAUGAGCUCAUGAGGUUGCUCUCCAUGGAGGGUGAUGAUGCCUCUAAGAACAGACUAAAGAAGGUCUCCAUUGUUGGAUUUGGAGGGUUGGGCAAGACCACUCUUGCUAGAGCAGUAUACGACAAGAUUAAAGGUGAUUUCGAUUGUCGGGCAUUUGUUCCCGUCGGUCAGAACCCUGACAUGAAGAAGGUUUUAAGGGAUAUCCUCAUUGAUCUCAGCGACGGCAACCCUCAGUCAGAUCUUUCAAUACUGGAUGUUAAUCAUCUUAUUAAAAAGCUUCAUCAAUUCCUGGAGAACAAGAGGUAUCUUGUCAUAAUUGAUGAUAUAUGGGAUGAAAAAUUGUGGGAACACAUCAACUUUGCUUUCUCCAACAGGAAUAAUGUAGGCAGUCGACUAAUUACGACAACCCGCAUUGUCAGUGUCUCCAAUUCAUGUUGCUCGUCGGACCAUGAUUCGGUUUAUCAAAUGGAACCACUUUCUGUUGAUGACUCCAGAAGACUCUUCUACAAAAGAAUAUUUCCAUUCGAGAGUGGAUGUCCAAAUGAAUUUGAACAAGUGUCUACAGAUAUUCUGAAGAAAUGUGGUGGGGUACCACUAGCCAUCAUUACUAUUGCUAGUGCUUUGGCUGGUGGCCAGAAGGUGAAACCAAAGUGUGAGUGGGAUGUUCUGCUCCAAUCCCUUGGCUCUGGACUAACAGAAGAUAAUAGUUUAGAGGAGAUGCGGAGAAUACUCUCUUUCAGCUAUUAUAAUCUACCGUCCCAUCUGAAAACUUGUCUACUAUACCUAUGUAUAUAUCCAGAAGAUAGCACGAUUGAUAGAGAUGGACUGAUAUGGAAGUGGGUGGCCGAAGGAUUUGUCCACCAUGGAGAUCAAGGGACCAGCCUGUUUUUGGUCGGAUUAAACUACUUCAACCAGCUCAUUAAUAGAAGUAUGAUCCAGCCAAUAUAUGAUGGUAUAGGCCAGGUAUAUGCUUGCCGUGUACAUGAUAUGGUUCUGGACCUUAUCCGCAACUUGUCACAUGAAGCAAAGUUUGUUAAUGUAUUGGAUGGCACUGGGAAUAGCAUAUCUUCACAAAGUAAUGUCCGCCGUUUGUCCCUUCAGAAUAAAAAGGAAGAUCAUCAAGCCAAGCCUCUCACAAAUAUCAUGAGUAUGUCACGAGUGAGGUCAAUUACUAUCUUUCCACCUGCUGUUAGUAUCAUGCCAAGUCUGUCAAUGUUUGAAGUUCUGCGUGUACUUGAUCUUUCGGACUGUAACCUUGGGGAAAGUAGCAGCCUGCAGCUUAACCUCAAGGGUGUUGGACAUUUAAUCCACCUAAGGUACCUAGAUCUAUCAGGUACCAAAAUCAGGGAACUGUCGGCUGAGAUAGGAAACCUGCAGUUUUUGGAGGUGUUGGAUCUUGGAGACAAUUAUCAGCUAGAUGGAUUGCCGUCCACUCUUUCUAAAUUGAGAAGAUUAAUCUACCUAAAUAUUUUUCACGGUAAGUUGGUUCCAACUCCUGGUGUGUUGCAGAAUCUUACAUCCAUUGAAGUGUUGAGGGGGAUCUUGGUCUCUCUGAACAUUAUUGCACUAGAGCUUGGCAACCUGACAAGGCUGAGGGAGCUUAAGGUUUACUUCAAGGAUGGUAGUUUCGAUUUGUAUGAAGGUUUCGUGAAGUCUCUGUGCAACCUACAUCACAUCGAAAUUCUAAGUAUUGAUUGCAAUUCCGGAGAAACAUCUUUUGAACUGAUGGACCUCUUGGGAGAACGCUGGGUGCCUCCUGUACAUCUCCGCAAAUUUGUGUCGGAAAUGCCCAGCCAACUCUCUGCACUGCGAGGGUGGAUAAAGAGAGACCCCUCGCAUCUCUCGAACCUCUCUGAGUUAAUCCUCGAUUCAGUGAAGGAAGUGCAGCAGGAGGACGUGGAAAUCAUUGGGGGGUUGCUGUCCCUUCGCCGUCUCCACAUAACGAGUACCCACCAAACACAACGGCUGCUAGUCAUCCGUGCAGAUGGGUUCCGCUGUAUGGUAGACUUCCAAUUGAUUUGUGGGUCAGCAGCGCAAAUUAAGUUUGAACCAGGGGCUUUGCCGAAGGCGGAAGCAGUUGGGUUCAGCCUGGGCGUGCGGGUGGCGAAAGAGGAUGGAAACUGUGGUUUCGACUUGGGCAUGCAGGGGAACCUGCUCUCCCUUCUGCGGGGUGUCACGGUUUAUAUGUAUUGUGGUGGAGCGAGGGUUGGGGAGGCAAAGGAAGCGGAGGCUGCGGUGAGGCACGCCCUCGAAGCACUUACGUGUGUGUUUUUUUAUAUUCGGAUGAUCCCGGAUAUAGCAGAAGAUGCUCAUGAUGACGAUUUGUGUGAGGAGAGGAGGAGAACUCUCGGUAUGUAGCGUCAGGUGUGCUCUCGAGAAGAAUUGCACGGUAUGCAGGUAGCAGGGGCCCGGGACGGUGGGGUUACUUCUGGUGGCAUCGGAGAUGAAUGUUUUACAAACAUUUUUGGGUGGGUGCUGGCCGUGCAAAGGUUUCGAACUUUGCUGGAAGUUGUGUGAUGAACUUCUAUUAAAUGGCAGUCACUUGCAGAAAGAGAUAUUGCUUGGUUUUGUAAUGAAUAAGUCCUUACAAGGAUAGCUUUGCUUUGCUUUAGUUGAGGGCCAUCGUUGCUCCUCUGUUUUGCAUGUUGUUACAUGGGAGGGCUAGCCCAUGACAUACUCGUGUAUUUUGUUUUUAAGCUGAACCGGAUAAACCUGAGGGUGUAUUAUCAGUUUCAUGAUGAAUGAAAUCUGAGCUCUUUAAUUCAAAUAAAAA